UUCGAAAGGGAACGAACGACGCGUACCAAAAAAGCGCGACCUUUUUUCGCAUCCAAGGCCCAACUCGUCAUGUCUUCACCGACGAUGCGCAGAAAGCGCUUGGUGCAAAGUAACGAUAAAAAGGAUCGUCUCAAACAGCUCAUCGAAGCACGUAAAAAUCGAUCGCGCGCAGACCUUUACCAGACCAAGAAUGAAGACGAUAUUUACGACCAAGUCACCAAUGAAGAAUACGAUAUGAUUCAGGAUGACGAGGAUUUCGUGGAAGACGACGAUAACGCCGGUUAUGUCCACGGCGAUCCAGACGAAGACGAACGCAUGUAUUCGGACGAAUACGACGACGAGAACAAAGACACAGGAAAACGUAAACGCAAGGAUGCCUUUAAAAAAGAAAAAAUGCCCAAGCCAGAACAACGGAUCAAUCGCUUCUUUCAGAAUUCAGCCGUCAAAACCGAACGCAAACCCAAGCCGCCACCAGUGGAUGCAGCAGAAAGCCAAGAUUUUAUGGCCAAUUUGCUUUCCAACUUUGAAGCAGAAGUGACCGCUGAAAUUCAACGACCACGUUCGUCCGUGAUUCGACCUACCAUGCAACAAUCUUCUUCUCGACUUGAAAAAAUUCAACCAAAGCCAAGACCCACUGCCAGAUCCGCCGUAACCAUCCAAGAUCAUCAUCCUAGUCCAGUGGUUUCUGAAAAACCUCGAUCGCUCGAGUCAACGGAGUCACCAUUUGCCACCACAGAUCAAGCUGCUGAUGAUGAUGUAUAUUACGACGAUGAUAUGGAUAUGGAUUUUGCACAGGCGGCCAUGAAUCUUGAAGUGCCACCGGUCAUUAAAAAGGAGGAAGAGGUUAAUGAUACAAUGGCCUUGGACAUGACGGAACCUUCGGAUAUGAUGAAAUUUGAAGAUCAAUUUGCCGAGGAUGUGGAUGCGCUCAAAGUGGGCAAUGGUAAUAAGAGCGACGAGCAGAAUCUGAAAGUAUUUGAUGAGGACGGCGGUGUCAAGUUUUGGUGGUACGAUGCAUACGAAAGACGAGAAAAGGGAUACGUUUAUCUGUUUGGCAAGGUGUUGGAUCAAUCCAACAACAAUUACAUCAGUUGUUGUGUGAUCGUGAAAAACAUUGAACGAAAUCUGUUUGUCCUCCCUCGAUCGCAUCGACUCGACAAUAGCGGAAACGCAACCGAUGAAGUGGUGACCAUUGCAGAUGUGUAUUCGGAACUCUCGGAAGUAUGUACAAAGUAUCGCAUCACCAAAUGGGCUUCCAAGAGUGCAUCAAGAAAAUAUGCAUUCGAAAUCCCCGGCAUCCCAGCCGAAGCCGAUUAUCUCAAAGUGGUAUAUGCUUAUGAUCAGCCCGCUCUUCCCAGCCAUCUGAAAGGCGCGACCUUUAGCCAUGUCUUUGGUACGAAUACGGGACCGCUGGAACAUUUCUUGAUCAAACGCGAUAUCAUGGGUCCUUGCUGGCUACAUCUUACAGGAGCUGAAGUGAGCAACAUUAAUGAAUCAUGGUGCAAACUGGAGCUCAUUGUCAAUGAUCCCAAAACAUGCAAUCCUCUUCGGGAUGUCAAUGGCAAUACGCCUACUCAUGUGCCACCCCUGGUCGUCAUGUCCUUGAGCUUACGGACGAUCAUGAAUCCUCAAAAGAACACCAACGAAAUCAUUGCUGCCAGUGCCAUGGUCUGUCAGAAAGUACAAAUCGAUGAACCGACACCUAUCGACGCUCAACAAAAGACGCGGUUUGCUGUAGUUCGCAACCUUGCCAACGCUCCAUAUCCCGCCGGAUUCACGGAUUUGGUUGCCAAAGAAAAACAAGCUGGUUUUCCUGUUCAAGUGGAACGAUCAGAAUCAGCCUUGCUAAAUUAUCUUUUGGCCCGAAUUUAUACAAGCGAUCCGGAUGUGAUUGUUGGUCAUAACUUUGCUGGUUUUGAUCUGGACGUAUUGCUUCAUCGUAUGAAAGCACUGAAUACACCCCAAUGGCACAAACUGGGUCGACUAAAGCGUAAAAUGUGGCCAAAGCUGCAGAGUGGUGCAGGAGGUGUGGGAGAAUCGACGUAUCAAGAAAAGAUGAUCAUGAGUGGCCGCUUGAUUUGCGAUACCUAUUUGACUUCCAAGGAUUUGAUUCGAAGCAAAUCUUACCGUUUGACGGAUCUGGCGCAGUCUCAGCUGAAGAUUACGCGAGAGGAUAUCCAGUUUGACAAGACGGCCAGUUACUACGAGCAGGCGAGUACGCUCGUACACUUGAUUCGACAUUGUGCUUUUGAUGCCUUCUUGUCGGCAUCUCUCAUGUUUAAAUUGCAAGUGUUACCUUUGACGCGACAACUGACCAAUCUGGCCGGUAACCUGUGGUCGAGAACCAUGACCGGUGCAAGAGCCGAGCGCAAUGAAUUCCUUUUACUUCAUGAAUUCCAUCGUCAAAAAUUUAUUUGCCCUGAUAAAUCAUUUGGUGGCAAAUCACAAGAAGCCGUGAUCGAAGCGGUGGAACUGGAUCGCGACGAGGACGCCGAACAGAUGCAGACCAAAAAGAAAUCGUCGCGUCGCAAACCGGCGUACACGGGUGGUCUUGUAUUAGAACCCAAAAAAGGUUUCUACGACAAAUACGUAUUGUUGCUGGAUUUCAACAGUUUGUAUCCUUCCAUUAUCCAAGAAUACAACGUGUGCUUCACGACCGUACAGCGACACGGCUUGACAAACGAAUCCACAGAGAGAGAAGCGGCAGACGAAGAAAAAGUUCCCGAAAUACCCGAUAGUUCGACGGAACAAGGUGUAUUGCCGCGAUUGAUUAAAACGUUGGUUGAUCGACGUCGUCAAGUAAAGAGUCUGAUGAAGGAUCCCAAACUAAGCGAAGCGGAAAUGAUGCAGUACGAUAUCCGACAAAAGGCGCUGAAACUGACGGCCAACAGUAUGUACGGUUGUUUGGGUUUUUCCCAUUCCCGAUUCUACGCCAAACCAUUGGCCAUGUUGAUUACCCACAAAGGACGUGAGAUUCUUCAGAAUACGGUCGAUCUCGCAGGUAGCUUAGAUCUGAAUGUCAUUUACGGUGAUACCGAUUCCAUCAUGGUGUACACGAACCAGGACGAUAUCGCCAAAGUGAAAGAAAUGGGUUACAUGUUGAAGAGAAGAGUCAAUGAGUUGUACAAACUCUUGGAAAUCGACAUCGAUGGUCUCUUCAAGCAUAUGUUGUUGUUGAAAAAGAAGAAGUACGCUGCUUUGCUCGUGGAAGAAAAAGCCAACGGAGAAAUUGUGGAAACCGUGGAGACCAAAGGUCUCGAUCUUGUGCGAAGAGACUGGUGUGAUCUUUCCCAUGAUGUGUCAUCUCGCGUCCUUAAAUCCAUCCUUUCCGACAAGGACCGAGAAGAAGUCGUCGAAGACAUUCACAAUUACUUGCGUCAAGUCGGAGAGGAAAUUCGUCAGGGUGGUAUUCCGCUGGAGAAAUUCAUUAUUAACAAGCAAUUGACGAAAAAUCCAGAGGAAUAUGCGGAUGCCAAGAGCCAACCUCAUGUGCAAGUGGCGUUGAGAAUGAGACAAGCCGGACAAAGUAUUCGAGCAGGCGACACCAUUCCAUACGUGAUUUGCCAAGUGGAACAUCUUCCCAACGGGGCCAAGCAAGGAUUUGCAGAAAAGGCGUAUCAUCCAGAUGACGUGAAGCACGGUGAAAAGCAGUUGGAUAUUGAGUGGUACCUCAAUCAACAGGUCCAUCCCCCUGUCGCCCGUUUAUGCUCGCCUAUUGAAGGAACCGAUGUCGCUCGUAUUGCCGAAUGUCUAGGAUUGGAUGGAAGCAAAUAUCAUGUUAUUCAGGCCUCAUCGUUUGAGGAGAAUGAGGAUUUCGCUACUUUGGACUCGCAGAUCAGUGAUGAAGAGCGAUUCAAAAAUGCGGAAAAGCUGGUGGUGAAAUGCAACCAUUGCCAGGGCCAAAGCAUCUUUGAUGGCAUUGUACGCAAACGUGAAAAUGAUACGGUUGAAUGCGGUCUGUACUGCACGGUUUGCCAGCAAAUGAUCGGUCCUUCAAGCUUACAGAUCCAACUCACGCUUGCCAUUCGAUCUUACAUACGACGAUACUAUGACGGCUGGUUAGUAUGUGACGAUACCGUAUGUGAUAAUCGUACACGUAUGAUCUCUGUGUUUGGACGACGUUGCUUAAAUCAAGGAUGCCGUGGUCACAUGGCCCGCGAGUACUCGGAUAAACAACUCUAUACCCAACUUUUAUAUUUCUCUCACAUGCUAGACCCAGUCAAAGCCAAGAGCAAAGCGUCCGGUACCGCUUACUCCAUCCAAGUAGAAGCGAUUGUGAAUCAACAUUAUCAAAUAAUCACUGCCCUGAAAGCCACAGUGGAGCGAUAUUUACAACGAUCUGGUUAUCGCCAUGUCAAUCUCGUCAAACUGAUGGGCGGUAUCAGUCUCGUCUAAACUUGCUCUCUUUUUUUUUUUUCUCUCUCUGCUUUUCUCUUUUCUUCUCUGAUUACAUUUUUUCUAUUACACAUUGUAUCACCGUCAAAAUAAUGUACAGUCCACCAUGUCUGUCAGCAUGGCAAAAUAUCAUAUUGAAACUAACUGCAAUUUAUUAUCAUUCCAUAAAACAACCAUCGGCCUUUUUUUUUGC